AGAUAAUGGAAAGGUGUUCCAAACAGGGCCGUAAUCUCUAAGCUGGACUAAAACGGGUAAUCAACCCUAGAGACUACUACUCCCUAGUCCCUCCCAGUCUCCCCACUCCAACAGAAGAAAUCAUCCACAUCCACCAUGGAUGCAUCAAAAUCUUAUCAAUUCCUUGCGAAGAAGCCUUACCAGCCCCCCUCUUGGGCUUCUCAUCUCACCCACAUUCCCUCCCAUGUCUACUCUCUCGGACACCUUCCUACUCCGAUUCACAAAUGGAACUUGCCCAAUCUGCCCAAGGACACUGAGGUCUGGUUGAAGCGUGAUGACCUUUCAGGAAUGCAAUUGAGUGGUAACAAGGUGAGGAAACUGGAAUUCUUGCUUGCAGAUGCUGUGGCCCAGGGAGCAGAUUGCAUUGUCACUAUUGGUGGCAUUCAAAGUAAUCAUUGUCGUGCUACUGCUGUUGCUGCCAAGUAUUUGAAUCUCGACAGUUAUCUUAUACUGCGAACAUCAAAAGCUCUUGUGGAUAAAGAUCCUGGAUUGACAGGGAAUCUCCUUGUUGAGCGUUUAGUUGGAGCUCACAUCGAUCUUGUUUCAAAAGAAGAAUAUGCCAAAGUUGGGAGUGUGGUUCUUACUAACAUAUUGAAAGAAAAAUUGUCGCGUGAAGGGAGAAAACCUUAUGUCAUACCUGUUGGUGGAUCCAAUUCACUAGGAACUUGGUGCGAUUCUAAUUUGAUGCAAUAGUCUAGCAAUACAUUUCAUGGGGUGACCUUUGGUCAGAUAAUGCACAUCACAAUUCACAUAGAAAACUUUCCUUCAAUGCAGACACUAAAUGAAAAUAACUAGUGGAAGUCAACAAGUCAAGGAAAAAAAGACAAUUGCGGCAUUAAACAAUGAAUAAAAGUAGUCAGUGCAUGCUGCUUUUAGACAAAUUGGAUAUAAUUGUGAGAAUCAGAUGUCAGACGUGUUGCUUGGAAUGUUUAAAGUUCUUUGGGUAUGAAUGCUACUAAUUGACCAUAAGCCAGAGCUUGUUGUUGGCAUGAUUCAUGCUGAAACCUCUAAGGCAGAUAUGCAGUUCAGUAUACACUCAAGGAAUGCUUUACCGUUCACCUCUUGCUUAUUGUAUGUUCCCAACAUACUAGGGAGAUACUGAUCAUGUGAUCAAGAUGCUUUGAGGACAGGAUUAAACUAACAGUCCAUGUUUAGUUGAAGGAUUUGGUCCAGGAUUAUGUCUCUGAGGGGAUCAAACUAACAAUUCCAGGUUUGCAUGAAGAAUUUUGCCAGGAUUUAGGGUGUUUCUUUUGGGAUUCAUCAAUUCCGCAAAAAAAGUUGUGCUGUAAGAGGUAGUUGGUCAGGGACUAAGUGAUUUGGUGGAUUGCAACAUCACCCUCACUCAAAUAUCGUAUUUCAUUUGCCACAGGAUUAUAAGGUGUUUUGUACUCUAAAUUAUAAAGUAACACAAAAUUA